UUUAUUAUAAAUUCUACGUACACUUUCACUCAUUUCCUCAAAUUCAUCAGAACUUUUUUAACUCCUAAAAAAAAUGGCGAUUCGUCUUCCUUUGAUCUGUCUUCUUAUUUCAGUCACUGCGAUUGCAGCUGAUUUAACACCGGAGCGUUAUUGGAACACUGCCUUACCAAACACUCCCAUGCCAAACUCUCUCCGCCAUCUCUUUAAGCCCGAUUUUCUCGACGACAAAAGCACAAGCGUCCAAGUAGGGAAAAAAGGCGUGAACGUUAACGCCGGAAAAGGUAAACCCGGCGGAGGAACCGCCGUGAACGUUGGAAAAGGAGGUGUGCACGUGGACACCGGAAAGGGUAAAGGAACACACGUGAGCGUUAGCGGCGGAAAAGGUCACGGCGGCGGCGUUGACGUUCACACCGGAAAACCGGGAAAAAGAACCGACGUAGGAGUUGGUAAAGGCGGAGUUAUAGUUCACACGCGCCACAAGGGCAAGCCGGUUUACGUCGGUGUUAAACCAGGACCAAACCCUUUCGUGUAUAACUAUGCAGCGAGCAAGACUCAGCUCCACGACGAUCCCAAAGCGGCUCUCUUCUUCUUGGAGAAGGACAUGGUUCCCGGAAAAGUUAUGAGCCUCCGGUUUAAUGCGGAGGACGGUUACAACGGCAAAACGGCGUUCUUGCCUCGUGGGGAGGCAGAAACGGUGCCGUUUGGUUCGGAGAAGUUUUCGGAGAUCUUGAAGACUUUUUCGGUUAAACCCGGUUCGGGAGAAGCGGAGAUGAUGAAGAAGACGAUCGAGGAGUGUGAAGCGAAAAGAGUCGGUGGAGAGGAGAAGUAUUGUGCGACGUCUUUGGAGUCGAUGGUCGAUUUUAGCGUUUCUAAGCUUGGCAAAGAUCGUGUCCGUGCUGUUUCCACUGAGGUGGCUGAGAAGAAUGCACCGAUGCAGAAGUACAAUAUCGCGGCGGCUGGAGUAAAGAAGUUAUCGGAUGACAAGUCAGUGGUAUGUCACAAACAGAAGUACCCAUUCGCGGUGUUCUACUGCCACAAGGCGAUGAUGACGAGCGUCUACGCGGUUCCGCUCGAAGGAGAGAACGGGCUUAGAGCUAAAGCUGUUGCGGUAUGCCACAAGAACACCUCAGCUUGGAAUCCAAACCACUUGGCCUUCAAAGUCCUUAAAGUGAAGCCUGGCACUGUUCCUAUCUGCCAUUUCCUCCCUCAGACCCAUGUUGUUUGGUUCAACUACUAGAUAGAUAACAUAUGCUUUUUAAUAUAGUGUGGGUUAUGUAAUAAUGUUUGAGACAAUCUAUCUUUUGUAAUGUUUUGAUUAUGAAUAUACAGACAUAUACAUAUAUUAAUGCGUGGUUUCUCUAUAAUCAAAGAAUGAAUGCAU